CUUUCCCUCUUUCUCCACCUUAUCGUCCAUCUCGUUACGCACCUGGCAAGACUCUGUGCACCCAGCGAGACUACCCGCGAGAAUGGACCUUUCGACGCCCAAGCGUGAUGCGUCCAAACUACUCUUGCCCGAAUGGGACCGUGAGUGCAAUCCUUUCCGUUUUUGUCGUCGUGCUUUUGCCCCGAUCCCUUAUCACCACGCCCAACUCUCUGAGCGAAGUCAUCGGGCUUCAAGCUAUCCUCUUCGUUUCCGAGAGAAUCUGACUUAGCUUCGGCCUCGCUCUGACCAUGGGCUUGUUGUGCUCCCCCGCUAACUCUCUAGCCCUUCCCGAAAAGCACUUGCACGCGUCGCACGACCUCAUCUCGCUUCUUCACCUCGAUGGGCUGUACAAUUCCUAUGUCCGACCAUACUUCGAUCCCGUGCCCGAAACAGAUGAUGAGGCGCCAGGCGGCUCGUUGAAGCGCCCAAGGAAGAAGCAGGGGCUCAGCAAGGGCUAUGUUGGUUUACUCGAGGACUGCAUCGACCCAGUACCUCUCGGCCCCUCCGCACAACCUUCUCUCGGCCCGCUCGUGAAAGACUUCACCGAUCCGGGCAACCACGCCUGGCAACCCGAGGAGAACGCGAUGGGUCCGUUGCAGAUUCUUCCACCCGAGGCCUUCGCCUCCGCUCGUCUUGAAGUCGGCGUCAAAGUCGAGGGCUACGCGCAAGGCGUCAAGCUCGGCGUGAAAGAGGCUGAGGAAAAGCGCGCGCGCAAGAAGGCGCGUAUGUCCCAGUCUGUCGCGCCCGACCUCCCCGACCUGCCGGGCACGCCUGGGCCUGGCGUGCCGAACCCCCCGCCGCCAAAGGCGCGCACGCCGUUCAGCGUACCCCGCAAACCUGGGCAGAAGCCGCCCUUCCCUCGCGCCUCUGCGCCCCCGGGCCAGAGCGGGUUCCGGCCCGGCACACCUGGCACGCCCACUCCCAGGCCAGUUGGCCGGGCGCCUGGCACGCCGAACGGAAACAAGCGUCCGGGCGAUGGCGCGUAUCCCGCGGCCACGAAGAAGCGCGCCGUCGGCACGGGAAGUCGCUCUGCCAGUCCGAUGGGCGCGGCGUCCAGCGCGGGCAACGAUGUGAGCGUCCGCGGUGUAUUCAAGCGCUAGCCCAGCGGCGAUACAGGAGUAGAGUAGGACUAAGGCGCGGACGCUGAGCUGCGUGUGGCUCCCUGACCAACGCAGCAUGCGCUGCACAAGAGAGUCAUCUGUUGUAGCAUUAAUACCGAAACUAGAACUGGCUGCGGCCACCACAUUGUAUCCCUUCACAUAUGCACUUCCAAGCAUCAUUAUGCAUCGCUUUCGUACUU